CUGGUGGCGCUGGUGGCGCUGGUGUCGCCGCGCUAAGUGCUCCACGUUCGCCUCUUCGGGUAUCUUCCACUUCACCUCGACAGUCUUUUGGAGAAGGUCGGUUUAAAAUCCGUAGUAAUCCGACGAUUCUGGGGCGAUCCAGAAUUGUCUAAACUGCGAGAUGAGAGCUAAGUGGCGUAAGAAGAGGAUGCGCAGGCUAAAGCGCAAGAGGAGGAAGAUGCGCGCGAGGUCCAAAUAGGCUUCUUUCCACAGUCUCUCUGUGGGGAGAGAACAGACCAGCGACGUUUCACCGUUCGACAAACUCUCCUAGCCGAUUAAGAAUCCUGGGGAGACGAAUCUUCAACGGACAUGUUUUUCUCACCGAGAGCAUUUUGUACAUGCAAAUCUGGUUAAAUACAUCGACUUCGAAGAUAAAGUACGGUCUCUUGUCUUGUUACCCACUUCUCCAAUUCCUAUGGCUCCAGCUUUGAAACAAAUAUAGAAAUUCUUGGUGAAACUGCACCUAUUGUAUGUUACUUGUGUAUAUAAACGUUGAAUAGCAGAUGAACAAGUACACUGGGAAUCCCUGGUGCCUUCCUACGUGAAUUUAGGCACAGAUCAACACCUAUGCCCAAGUUCGUACGGCAAGGCAUCGGUAACGACGCGCAAAUACGCGUAAAACAUUUUCAAGCGCAAACGGUAUAGGACAAAAUUAAAAUUUAUUGUACAAUUAAGGACAUUUGGUAUUUGUCUAUAGAGUGACAUAAAUGAACAGUAAUUGAUUACACGUUUUACGUAAUUGUGUAUCUCGGUAGCGUCGUAACUUAACCUAGCUUCUCAGCCUCGGCAUGCGUUGGUGCGUCCUGAGGAACCUGCUCCGCGCGCGGCAUCCGUCGCGCGAGACUCCCGGCGGUCACGCGGCGCGGUCGCUGACGUACUCGCGGCUGCGGCUGACGAGGAGGUUCUCGAGCGACGCGGGGAGCGGCCGCGACGAUGGAAACGCCGACGCGGGCAAGGGCGCCGGCCCUAACCUGGUGGCGAGCAUGGACACGAAGUACAAGAUAUUUCACGACGCGGACGCGGACAUUAUCCUCGACGUGAGCGAGGAGCGGCAGAAGAUCCUCCUCGAGGACCUGAACAAGCAAGAGGAGACUCGCGACCCUUACGCUGACAUUAAGAUGAGCCAUGGUGUUACCGGAGUAUUCGACAUCGAGGAGCUUGUUCAGCUGCUGGAGAGAGACAAGGCCAAGGACAUCUUUGUCGCUUCGGUUCCCAAGGAGUACACCUACGUGGACUACAUCGUCGUCGCGACGGGAAAUUCGAAGAAGCACAUGAACGCCCUGGCCACCUUUGUACGCAAGGCUUACAAGCUGAAGAGGCAUCGGAACGAAUCGAUACCCAAAAUCGAGGGGGCGGACUCGACGGACUGGUUGGCCCUGGACUUGGGUAACAUUGCUCUGCACAUCUUCUCGCGUUCUGCCAGGGAGCAAUACGACUUGGAGACCCUGUGGACGGUCGGCUCGCAAUACGACGACAAGACGAUCGGCGAAUCUGAGGAGCUGAACAUCAUGGACCAGUAUAACGCCUUCUUGGCCGAUCUCCAGCCGGCCGAUGACGCCCAAUGAUUUGCGCACCAUUUAUUUUAAUGUAACAAAUUAGAAAACUAGUUAAGCUUAAUAAAAUGUUAAAGCGGCGAGCUUGUUGUCGACCC